AUGGUUUUGAAUGAUAAUUUAUUGGGUAGAGAUAUGGAUCUUUUUGUGAGAUCAACUUAUGUUGAAUAAAUUCAGCUCAAUUUGUCAAUAUAUAGUUAGAAAGAAGGUAAUCGAUUUUUAGGAGCAGUAUAACUGUUAUAUAAUUUGGUUAGAGCGUUAUUGAUAUGUUAGAAAGAAAACAUUAUCAAUGUUAUUUGCGUCAUUGGUAACAAUCUUAAUAAUUUGAAUUAAAAUAUUUUGUUAUGCAAUGA